AUGGCCCCUCUGGCCAAAUCUCUCGCCCUUGCAGGCUCUCUGCUGGCCACUUUUGCCUCUGCUGUUCCGAUGGAGAAACGGGAUGUGGUGAUUGUCUAUGAGACUUCGACCUCCGUCGUCUGGACCACCGUAGAUAUCACCACCACCAUCUAUGCCAACCCUCCCAGCGCCACCGCAGUGGUCGCUGAGGAUGCUGCUCCUGCCGGCCACAAGGCCGAGCCGGAGCACAAGCACGGACAUAAACAUCAGUCCCUUCACUCGACCACCACUCAGGCCCCUCCUGUCAUCACGCAAGAGCCUGAGCCGCAACCCGAGCCUACCAGCUCGACUCAGUCUACUACUACUGCUGCUCCCCCUCCGCCUCCUCCACCUCCCCCACCUGCCAAUCCUCCUCCUGCCAACCCCCCUCCUGCCAAUCCUCCUCCUGCCAAUCCCCCUCCUGCCAACGGAGGUGGCAGCAGCGGCGGUAGCCCCAACGGAUCCUGCACGAAAGACUCGCCAUGCGCUGGUGAUGUGACCUUCUACGACACGGCCACCUCGAUGUCGGCGCCCAGCAGCUGCGGAUUCACUAGCGACGGAUUAACGGAGAAUGUGAUUGCGCUAUCGCACGAGCUGAUGAGCGACAGCGACUGCGGCCGUAAGGUCAGCAUCCGGUACGGCGGCAGCGUCAAGACGGGCAAGGUGGUGGACAAGUGCAUGGGAUGCUCGCGGUCGUCGAUCGACCUGUCGCGACACUUUUUCAACGAACUGGCGUCGGAGGAUGCGGGACGUCUGUCUGAUGUUGAGUGGUGGUUGGACUAG